AUGAGUUCUUCAAAGAGUGGACACAACGAUAGACCAGACGGUAGACACGGAUCUGAUUCGAGACAUACGUCCGACCGUAGAGUACGGGACGACAGAACACGUGAUGAUCAACACUACCGGCGAAGACAUGAAAGCGAUCGCAGAAGAGAUGACAAAAGGGAUGACAGAAGGGAUGAGCGAAAGGAAAGCAGAGAUAGAGACGAUUCGCGACGAAGAAGGGAUCGUAAGACCAGAAAGAGUUCAUCCAAAGAGAGACGAGACCGCAGAAGACGUGGUAGGAGUGAGUCGUCUUCGGGAAGUGGUGGGAGUCGUGGCAGAGGCGGUGGCUCUUCGUCGUCGAGUAAGGGCUCAUCCAAUGGCGAGAGCGACGAUAGGAUGGCUUUAAUUACCCAUAGAUUGGCCGCCAAUCAGAUGGAAGUGUUGGCAGAGAAGGAGAGGAUUAGACAGAAAUAUAAAGACGAUAAGAACCGUCAGAAAGAGAUUCUGAAGGCUUUGGAGACACCGGAAGAGAAACGGAUGAGACGUUUGGCCAAAAAGCAGGGAAAAGAGAGGAAACGAAAGUUGGAUAGCGGUUGGGAUGAAGAAUAUAUGGGAUAUACGAAUGCCGACAACCCUUUCGGCGACGCAAACCUCCACAAGACAGAUCAAUCGUUUGAUUAUAUGGGAUAUACGAAUGCCGACAACCCUUUCGGCGACGCAAACCUCCACAAGACGUUCAUUUGGGGCAAAAAAUAUGACAAAAUGGGUCUCAAGAAUGUGGCGGAGGAAGAGAUCAAUCGUUUGAAUCGCAAGAAAAUGGAGUCAAAUAAACGAGAGUUAGAGAAAGUGAAACAAAGAAGGAUUGAGAACGAGAAGGAGAAAGAGAUGAGAGCCGAAGAGGCGACCCGUCAACAGAGGGAGAGAGAAGUGGAACUGUUUGAGGAGUGGGAGAAACAGGAGGACGUCUUCCACUUAAAACAGGCAAAACUCAGGUCUAAGAUAAGGAUGACUGAGGGAAGAGCCAAACCCAUCGAUUUGCUCGCCAGAUAUAUAAGCGCUUUCGGCGCUGACAUCCCGGUCGACGACGAGGCAGAAAAGAGCGAAGAAAUGGCCGCCGAUUUAGUCGAGCCCUACAUCUGUCUCAAUGGUCUCCGAAUCACUGAUUUGGAGGAUCUGUUCGAAGACAUCAAAGUUUAUAUGACUCUCGACAGCGAAAAGAAUUUAGAGUUUUGGAAAGAUAUGCAAAUCAUAGUCGAAGACGAGUUGAAUAAACUGAAAAAAUUUCAGUCACAAAACUCUGUGGAGAGAAGGGAAGGCAUUAAUCCGGCCGUCGCUCAGGAAGUGGUCCAAGUAUUUAAAGACAAAACUCCCACACAAUUGCAUGCAUUGCAGACACAGAUUGAGAAGAAAAUACACUCCAAUGAAGAGGGAGUAGACAUCGGCUAUUGGGAGUCAUUGCUGUCCAAACUGAAGGCACAUAUGGCCAGAGCUCGACUCAGAGAACUGCAUGACGUGAACCUCAAUAAGAGGUUGAAUCGAUUGAGAGAAGAACAGAUGGCCUCUAAAACCACUGAACGAGUGGAUGGCGAACCACUCUUUCCCAUUGUUGAUGAGAGUUCUGGUGUGAAAACAGAGGAUCCGGUCAGCAGUACCACAGAUGUGAUCGACGAGCAGUUACAAGAGGAUGAAGCAGAAGAAGUGGAUCCAAUGGCUAAAUGUGUUGAAGACUAUGAAAGCGGUCAAUACUCACCAAAACUACUGGCCAUGAAUGACAUGGAAUCGGAAUUAAUACUAAUUGAAGCGAUAGACGAUAUGAAACAAUUGGAAGACCAAAGGAAUAGUGUAUUGAAAAAAGAGACGACUGAAAGGGCAGCCAAUUCUGCGAUGAGUGUCGCCGAACAGGCCUUCGAAAGGGAGGCGCGAAAGGGUAUGUCUAACGAAGAGGCGAUGUUUAGCGUUGAGGAGCAGAUCAAACACAUUGAGAAGCAGUACUCGUGGUCUGACAAAUACCGGCCCCGAAAGCCCCGCUAUUUCAAUAGAGUUCACACCGGGUUUGAGUGGAAUAAAUACAAUCAAACCCAUUAUGAUGUGGACAAUCCUCCACCCAAAGUGGUUCAGGGAUACAAAUUCAACAUAUUUUACCCCGAUUUGAUCAAUAAGGGACAGUCGCCGACAUUCAAGAUCACCGCCUGUCCGGAGAACCGAGACUUUGCGUUCAUUCGGUUCAGCUCUGGUCCGCCCUAUGAAGACAUUUGUUUCAAAAUCGUGAACAGAGAGUGGAAUUAUUCCUACAAAAGUGGUUUCCGCAGUCAGUUCCACAACAAUAUUCUUCAGCUGUGGUUCCAUUUCAAGCGAUACCGAUAUCGCAGAUAA